AUGGUUGAAUGCAGUCCCGGCGAGGAAGUUCACGAAUCGGAUCUUAUCUGCAACUGCAAUGGUCCCUUAUGUGAUACUGAGCUAGUCCAUUUACUUGGAAAUGGUUAUAAAGGGAUAUGUAGGGCAAAGCGUGGCCGUUGCUUCAAAGUGUUCGAUGAGCACCACAGCUAUCGGAUGUCUGUAGGAUGUGUGGAUCUCAAAGAGAUAUAUCCAAUUCCAAUAUUCUGUCUUCCCCAUCCAAAAUAUCAUAUGUCUUGUUGCGAUUAUUCCUUUUGUGACGAAGAAAUCACCAUGGAAGUAAGUAUUUUACCAUUGCAACGGUUGUUCGUUUGCCUUUGGCUUGGUAUAAUUUACCUGUGCUGA